CCACCCUUACACCCACAGACAGCCCUCCAACCUCAGGCAAAUUGACCACUGUUUCCAUUGCAAUGUCGGCUUCACUUCCAAAGCAAAUGCAGGCUGGGUGCCCCAUCCUUCUACCGUUGUCAUGCAGUAAGAUAUUGGCCGGUCUUUCCCCUCUUUCCAUGCGAUAACCCACAUCGCACGAUUUCCUCUGACAGCCACAGUUCUAGAAGUGCACCUCGGCAGCACGCCUGGGUAACGAUAAUUUGGUUCAUUAUUGUCACACCUACUGAACUUGUCUUGCGUACCAUCCACACGGAGUCACUCACCUCGUUCCCGGGUGAACGAUCGCAUAUUUUGUAAUCAUCAUCCCAGCAUCGAGCGUGUCAAAAAUCCAUACUAUCCUUUACAACAGUGCAUUGAGGUAGUUCAAGGUAAAACGGUAACAGAAUGCAGAACAAAGUGUUACAGUUACAGAGUAACUACAAGUAAACAGCAGGGUGAAAGGUCUCAUCGAGUAGAUUGUGAGGCCAACAGUCCAUGCUAUCGUACUAUGGGAACCACUCGAGUUAAUAACAGCGGGUAGACGCUGUCCUUGAGCUGGACGGUAGGGCUUUCAGGGUUUUGUAUAUUCUCUUCGAUGGAAGAUGGGAGGACGUCUGGAAUGGAAGGGAGUCUUUGAUUACGUGCCGAGCAUUCCAAAAUUUCAUUGCCCUCAGGGUGUAGAAAUUUCUUCUUCUCACCUGAGUGCGUGAUCCCAUAUUUUGGAACCAUCCUCCCUGCAUCGAAUAUGUGAAAGCCCCUCUGUGACAUACUGUAAAGGACUGUGGUAACGCGAAAUCUCUAAUUCUUUCAGCAGGGUCACUUUUACUUAUGUGGUCAGCGACAUUUCUGUAAAAAAAAGUUGACAAAGUCUGGUUGAUGGACAGGUAGACUGGGCUGCCGAGGGAGUGAAGGACGCCGGGAGUUAUAGUUUUUGUGUGACGCCAGGUCCGUAGGAGGGGUAGCAACGGCAGACCUUGGACUACAGGACCCAGCAGACACCACGGUGAGCCGUCUGCCGGUACCUUCGAUGCCCAGCGACCAUGUCGUCCUCCGGCUUCGCGUAAAGGCUGCGGAGGGAAGGGCUUGGCGGUAUUGCUUCUCCCCUGGCAGAAGCGACGACAGCGCGGCACGGUAGCCACCAGCAAUGGGGUCCAGGAUCAGGAAAUAUCCAACGACGACUUUUGAAGUGUACGCGGAAGUUACACGGCCCGAGUCUGGUGGUUCAGAUCCUGAGGUGCGGAGGCAAUUCCCCGAGGACUUCAGCGACCAGGAAGUUCUGCAGACAUUGACCAAGUUUUGUUUCCCUUUCUAUAUGGACAGCCUUACAGUCAGUCAAGUUGGCCAGAACUUCACAUUUGUACUCACUGACAUUGACAGCAAGCAGAGGUUUGGAUUUUGCCGCUUAUCUUCUGGGGCUAAAACUUGCUCCUGCUUCCUAAGCUAUUUACCUUGGUUUGAAGUUUUCUACAAGCUUCUGAACAUCUUAGCAGAAUACACUGCCAAAAGCCAGGACUGCCAGUGGAAGAAUUUACUGCAUUUAUUGUACUGCAUUGACCCGCCGCAGCCAGGUACUGCCGUGCAGUUAGGUGUGCAUUUGUACUUUACUCCACCUAAUAACCAGGAACUUCCUAGCAUACCAGAAAAUAGAAACCUGACAGAGUAUUUUGUUGCAGUGGAUGUUAACAACAUGCUCCAUCUUUAUGCCAGUAUGCUGUAUGAACGGCGAAUUCUCAUCACCUGCAGCAAGUUGAGCACUUUAACAGCCUGCAUCCACGGCUCGGCAGCUAUGCUCUACCCCAUGUACUGGCAGCAUGUUUACAUUCCGGUCCUCCCUCCACAUCUCCUGGACUACUGCUGUGCACCGAUGCCCUAUCUCAUCGGAGUGCAUUCAAGUUUAAUGGAGAAAGUGAGGAACAUGGCUUUAGAAGAUGUAGUGAUACUAAACGUGGACAACAAUACACUAGAGACACCAUUUGAUGAUCUUCAAAGCCUUCCUAAUGAUGUGCUGGCAGCACUGAAGAACCGACUUAAGAAAGUUUCAACGACCACUGGGGAUGGAGUUGCUCGUGCAUUUUUGAAGAGUCAAGCAGCCCUCUUUGGUAGCUACAGGAAUGCGCUGAAGAUUGAACCUGAGGAACCCAUAACGUUCAACGAGGAGGUUUUUGUUUCACACCGCUCGAGUGCCAUGAGGCAGUUCCUACAGAAUGCCAUUCAACUGCAACUCUUCAAACAGUUCAUUGACGGUCGACUGGAUCUGCUGAAUUCUGGGGAAGGAUUUAGUGAUGUAUUUGAGGAGGAGAUAAAUAACGGCGAAUAUGGAGGAGGAAGCUACAAAUCCUAUCAUCAGUGGCUGUUCACAGUGAAGAAAGGAAGUGGGGCCCUCAUAAAUACAAUGAAGACAAAGGCGAACCCCGCAAUGAAAACAGUGUACAAGUUUGCAAAGGACCAUGCGAAAAUGGGAAUAAAAGAGGUGAAAAAUCGUUUGAAGCAAAAGGAAAUGGCAGAAAAUGGCUACUCAGUGGCGGGAGACAAUGUCCAGCAUAAAGGUAUGGCAUCCCCUCUGUCUGAGAAGAAGGAAGGGAGACAGCGAGACGACCAGCGGCCGAUAACCAUGCAUUUUGGGCAGCCAGAGAAAAUCCCUCCACCUCGGCCGCCUCCUCCAAAGAUAAACUGUACUCCUCCAGCUGCAAGACCUCCAAGACCACCAGUUAAGAAGCCAAGGAGUAAUGCACUAUCGGCAGAGACUCGAAUAGCCUCCAUUUCAAGCCCAGAGCACAUUGUAAGACCCACACGGCAUUACACAGUGUUCCUCUCUGAGGAGUCUUCUGAUGAUGAGCUUCACCCUGAAGAGAACUCUGUAUCUGCCUUCUCGGAAAGCUUUCUCUUCACUCCUUUCGAAUGGCCUCAGCCAUAUAAAACUUUAAAGGAAUCUGAUGCUGUUGAUGGAGAAGAUUUGGGUACUGAGAAGAGGCAGGGGCAUAACAUCUUUUCUGGCCUGUCAGUACCAACCAGGAAUAUGGAUGUGAACUUACUGGACGAUCUGUUCAGCAGUAUUAAGGUAACUUCACAACAUCAGCCACUCAGCCAAGCAAAGAGCAUGGAGGAUCUGAGGACCCCUAAAGAGGAAGAAAUAGAGAAUGCAUUUGGAACUCAGUGGAAGGGAAUGGCUUCAUCUGAGAAGAGCAAAGCUCUCUCAACGGGACUGCAUCACACCCUGCCCCAUGCCAAGCUUCGGAGCACUGUCCAUGACAACACAGCCCUGGGGGUGAAGCCCAUCACCAGCUCAUCACCUGGGAGCAUUCACUUCGGGAGUUUCUUCACAGCGAUUGACGCAGAGACUUUGAACAGAGGCGUUCAGUUACCCCCCACGGAUCCUCCGCCAGGUGGCUCGGGCAGCAUCACCAUUCCCCGGCCUCAAGGCAAGAGGUCCACGGACAAGGGGAUUGUGCUUCCGCCCCCAGCGGCUGUCAGUCGGGGCGCCAAACAGCAGGCCCUUCCUGGACUUGACCAAGUCUCGGCUGUGUUACAGGAUAGCUCUAAGCAAGACGUGUCCGUGUCCACUGCUGGUUCAGUGUCCGAAAUGUUACAGGAGUCCACAGGAGCUGAGAAGAAAUCAGACUUAAGACCAUUGAACCUGACCCCUCAGCCUGCAUUAAGUUCUUGUGCUACUGAUAUUCUGAAACCUAUCAAAAUCGGCAAGGGAGUGGAUAGCAGGAACGAUCUCUUGAGUCUUUUGGAUCCAUUGAGUUCCACUUCUGACCUCGACAGGGGCCAGUCUCCAAGUCCCAGCGUUUCAUUAGCACCCGCAUCGUCUUUGCCUUCCGCUCCUGCACCUUUGGCUUUUGCCUCUCCAAGUACUGACCUGGGAAUAAGUACCCCGCCUGCUUCCCUACAGUUCAGCCAAACUCUGGGGUACUCAGCCCCCAGCCCAGCACCAGUAGUGCCAUUUCCCCAACCCCCAUCGUAUCCGUUUUCCCAAACAUUACCGGCAGCUCUUCACUUCCCUCAGGCCCAGCCUACAGCGACUCACUUCGUGUCUCCUGCGGCUUCUCCCUUUGUUCCAGGCUUCUUGCCGUCGGGUCCCGGAUACUUCCAGCCGCAGAUGCCCCAUCGGAACUUCUCCGCACCCUCGCUCCAUCAUCUGUAUGUACAGCCCACCCCACUGACUCAGUCAGGGACUUUCAGCAAGCAAAGUACAAUCUCCUCCACCAGCCUGGGUGGAACAAGCUAUGCAAAGGCAGCAGGGAAUGUGGCGGAUUCCAAUUCCGCCAUGGCCAGCGGAGGGAAAAACUUGACUGACCCACCAGUGGUCCCACCAAAGCCUUCGAAAGGUCUGGAAAGAAUUCCGCAGCCGUGCGACACUGGGGUGGCCGACGAUCCAUUUGCAGUAUUGCUCAAUGCGACGAAGAAGGAGGCAGCAAGUUCACAGAGUCGAGUAGACCAGCUCAGGAAGAAGUGGGAGACGUUUGAGUAAAAGCUGACAUGCAGUGUCCCGUCAUUAAGUGAACGACACCAGAGUGUCCAUACACUGUGGCCUUUGGAUGUCUCAUAAAGAAAAGAAUAUCACAUUGCAAAGAGUACGCUGUACAAGAUAAUUCUGUAUGGUUUCUGUAAUAGCCAUAGGCAGUGUAUCUUGUAUCCAUUCUAGUUAUGGUGAGGUAUUGUAACACUAUACUUAAUCCCCAAGGCAAGUCAACACGACCUCCUCAAUAUGGUGAUUUACUGUGACUUCUGCAGUUGCUUUCCUGCGAAGAAAUACUUCUGCAAAGCUGCCGAAGUUCAACGUGAGAUUGCCUUCUUUCGUUACUUUUGAUUCCUCUUUCUUUUUGCUUGCUCAGUGAUGCUGUUUGAUGUGCACACCACUGUCACCAUUGCUCAGCACAGCGUUUAAAUAUCUGCAUCAGUUAUGAAGCACCACGGCGUAAAUUUGUCAGUGCAGUGAUUCCUUUUGCAGCACCUUUCGAUUGUAGUGCUCUUGGUCAGGCAGUAUUUUGAUAAUUAUGUGAGUUAUCAUGAAAUGAUUGCUGUAUUUAUCAGAACAUUUCUUAAUUAUCCUCCCAUGACAUCAGAGAGUAAACACUAAACUCCUGCACAUGAACUUUUUUCAAAAAAUUAAUUAUGACGAAGUAUUGUCUAUUUAUUGUAACUGUGUGCGCAAAGAAGACCAGGCAAAUCAGUGCUCAUACAUUUCUCUUCCAGCUCAGUAAAGCUGCUUUAAUUCAGGCUUGUUAGUGAAAGAUUUUAUAUUGGUUUUAUUGUGGGAUAAGUUCAGCAUCAAAUGAUUAAUAGAAUUUUCAACUUAGGUUUGUUAAAGUAUAAUCUUCAGCUCUGUGUCUAACGUACGGCCACUACUAGUGUUAAGACCAACCAGCAACUUUGGCCAAGUAUUAUAAUGGCUGGCAUAACGUGCUCAGGUGGAACCAGGGUCCUUCUACCACACUGCCUCUGGGUUUGAGUAAUGCACGUCUGUGGCCACUGGUGGUUCGAACUCAAGCGUCAAGCAGGAACGUCCAAAUUCAGGUGAACCGUCCCCAAGUUAUUGUAAAUCCUCACAAGGUGCAUAUAUGAACUUUUACCAGGUUUUUGAUUCAUCCAAGGCUACUCAUUUCCCUGCUUGAUGCACUUUAUCAAAACUAUCCUCUGAUCAUAAGAAAGAAGUGGUUUGAUGCUUCUUCAAAUCCUCCUAAGCUCUGCUUCCUUGUUGGCCGAAGGACAUGUAUAUCUCCUUCCAACUUCUGCAGGGAAGCUUUCCAAUGCAGCGGCCAAACAUCGACUAACCAGAAAGAAAUCUGAAAUCAUCUAAUCAUCUUCAGGGGAAACUCUACCAAUCUUUGUACGUACUUUGCAUUCAUGUUAGGAUGUUUUACAACCUUUGAGGAGGAAAUGUAUGCUAACACACUUGUGGCUCUGUUUGUAGAAAGCUGUUUUCUAUCUACCCAAUGUUCAUGGACCAUUUCUGAUGUAAUUCUGGUUAUACUUUUAUAGUACUGAAGGGUGAAAAGGGAUCAGACGGCUAAAUUAUUAUGAUCAUGUGUAGUUUAAGCCAGAUUUUACCUCUCACACUCCACCUAUUUCUAUAAAGUACUGGACAAUCCCGAUGCAGAGCAACAUACAUGAAACACUGGAGGAACUCAACAGGUUAGGCAGCAUCUAUGGACAGAAAUAAACAGUAUAUAUUUUGGGCCAAAACCCUUCAUUCAUGAGUCCCAGUGAAGGGUCUCGGCCUGAAGCAUCGAAUGUUUAUUCCCCGCCAUAGAUGUUGCCUGACUUUCUGAGUUCUUCCAGUGUUUUGUGUAAGUUGCUCUGGACUUACAGAACUUGCAGAAUCUCUUGUGUUUAUCAGUCUGAACGCAUUUUGUGUUUGGUUUGUAACCCAUUUUAGUUCCUUGUUUUGCCUUGAAAAAAUUAGUUUAGGUCAACUACAGUUAAAGUAAAGUGAACUUUUUUAAGGUAUCACUGUUUGUAUUUUCAUUAAAACCAUGAUACAUAGGAUAAGAAUUCUGCCAUUCGGCCCAUCAAGUCUGUUCCCAUUAAGUGAGGCAUGUAAUCAAUCAAGAACAUCAUCAAAAGCUUCCACAAAUAAUUGUGGGUCUGAUAAUCAAGUGGCAAGUUUAGUAUUUGUAAACUGCCAUGUGUGACAUCGUCUCUGCAGUAACACACACACACAUUGCUGGUGUAACAUCAUCGGUACAGUAAUAUACGCACAGUGCUGGAGGAACUCAGCAUCUAUGGAGGGGAAUAAACAGUCGACUUUUCAGGCCAAGAAACUUCAUCAGGACUGGUGAAAGGUCUCAGCCUGUAACGUCGACUGCUGAGUUCUUCCUGCAUUUUAUAUGUGUGUUAUUCUGGCAGUUGAGCACCAAUACACACAACAUUCACACACACACAUUCACACAUACACAUGCUCACACACACAUACUCUCUGACACUCAGACACACACACAGACAUAUUCUCCCUCACACAGACCUGCAGGCUCACACACACACACACACACACACACACACACGUGCACACUUUGUCUCAUGCUCACUGACACACAUCUAUGUCUACAUAAGGUCCACAGAUGGUAAUACAUUUCAUUACACAGUCACCACCCACACCCACGAUGAUUCUGAGCAAGGAGUAAAUGAAGAAUGAGAGCACUGGGUGGAGUAAAUUGAAAAAUGAACAAAUUUAAACAUUUAUCAAUAUAUAAAAUGAUUGAGCUUCAUAAAUAACAGAGUUUGAGUUUUUUCAGCUGUUAAAGAUACUUCUCGCCUACCGCCAAGCAAAAAUAAUAUCUCUUUUAAUAUAUUUCAUUUGUUUUUACAAUCCACUCAAGAAACCUAGAGUAUUUAGUGAUUAGUCUUACCUGAUUUUAGUGACUGAACUUCCAAAUAUUGAAAAUGGGAUUUUGAGGAGCUGUAAUCAUGGAACUUGCACACUAGUACUCGGAUAAUAUGGUACAAAUCUCCAAGCUCAAGAUACAGAUUAUUGCUCGAGGUUUUGCCGGUGGUGUUUUACUUUGCACUGGAAAAGGGUGGUAGCCUACCUACGACAAGAUCAGGAAGUGGUUUCAUUGGCGUGGAUGCUCUCCGUUUGUAAGACUGGCUUGUGCUUACUGCCAAAGUUUGUUAUUAAUGCAUUUAUAGUUUUGAAAGUUUUCUUCUCAAAUUUUAUUAUGAAAUAAAUAUUGCAGCAACACAACUUGAAUUUGUGCUGAAGCCACAAAGUCUGAGCUGUUACACUUCAAAAUGGUUGCACUAUAUUUGUUCCUAUCCACAGACACUCAAUGUCUUACCCCUCACAAAAGAAACCUGGCACAAGUUUCUGAAUAAAUAAUUAGUUUCACGCAACCUUUAAACACACUUAAGAUGUAGUAGAUUCAAAAUUUCCAUAUUUACAAUAACUGUUACCUUGUAAUAACUGCUUUGGAAAUCUAUCUGAAUUAGUCAGUGAUAUUGCAGUGGCUUUUGACAAGACUCUAAUGCAUUUCCUGAGAAUUACAGUAACUUGUUAAUGUGCCUCGAACACUACUGAAUGUAAGGUAGUGCGGUUUACUGAAACCGAGGUGGUGUAAAGAGAAA